CCUGCCGAGACCUUUCGUCACCAUAGCACCAAUUUUUCAGAUCUUUGCUUUAUCUAGCUUUCUAGUUAACAUUACACUUCUUUAUUUUUAAAUAAUUCCCCCUUGACAAUUCAGUAGACAGCCGUACAAUGUCUGUUUCGCAUCUCCUGGUGCUAACCCUCGCCUUUCUAGCAUCUUCCGCGAUUGCGCAGCUUCGAUUGAAUGUUACCGCGAUCAGCGCGGAAAACGGAAUCUCAACUCUAGAGUGCUGGGAGCUUGAUUCUCCCUUUUACAUAUCUCGCGACUCGGCUACAGUUGGAGCCAAGGUUGCUCACCUAGGCAACGUAUCUUCCUUAUCGUGGUCCGUCGUCCCUCCUGGACAUUACGUUGGCCCACAUAACGCCCCUUAUAAUCAAUGGGUGAUCUUGCUUAAAGGUUUCGGACAUAUCACUCUUCCCCAUGAUAAGUCUGCUGGCUUUUAUAUGACAGGGGGCGAAUUCGGGGUCAUAUUUGCGGCCGACACGGCCGAUGUCAGCUACGACGGACAUAUCAGCACAUAUCUUGGUAGCACCGAGAGUGUCUAUGUUCAGAUCCCAACCCAAGAUGGAAUGAUACCGGACCACAAUAGGCUACACAUGGGACCAUGCGAUGCCAGAGAUAUAACCGGUUUGAGGAUGUGAAAUAUCUUGUGUGGUAGCAGCUUCUGCAAGUUGCUAAGGGCCUGGGCGGCCGCUCUAUAACUCCUCGUCGAGUGAAGAGAAAUAGAGAAUCGUGCCUAGAGUUUAGAAUAGAAGCUCUAAAC